AUGACUAUACAUACUGUAACAAGUACAUCAAGUUAUUUUCACAUUGGCAUAAAAUAUCCCCAAUGUGGUAUUGUAGCUAUUGAAAUUCCAGGUCAAAUUAAUAAUCCUGAGAAUGCUAUUAAGGCACUUGGUGGAUUAGAUGACAUUAAACAAAGUAUUAAAGAUAAGGUACCAAUUAAACUUACAUUUUGUGAUGAAGACCCAUUUAGUCGUACAAUAAAUUCCAGUAUAAUUUAUAGAACAGGUUUGUUAUAUAGGAAACUGAGGUAUAAAAAUGGAAGAGUAGAAAUAAUACCCUAUGGAUUAGUUAAAGUCCUGCAUAGAUAUAAUCAAAUGGCUGACUAUUACUUCAUACCCCCAGAAGGUUAUCGUAUAAAGAGAACUAUUCAGGAUGAAAUUGAUGAAAAUAGAACAGAUGCUGUAUUUAUUCCACCAGCAAUUUUUUCCAAGGUAGUAACUCCUGUAUCAAUUCGUUGGAUGAAUCCCAAUUUACAGAAUGAAGAUGAAGAAGUUCAAGAAGAUUAUACAUCUCCGCAAAAUAAUUAUGAAGCAAGUACUGAUAUUGAUACAUUAAAAAGAUCUGAGGGUUAUCAAUAUUGGAAUGUUGUAAGCCGCUACUCAGAUGAAGUUGUACCAUCAACUCCACUAAAGAUAUCUUCAAGCAUAAAAAUUGAUCAAGAUACUCUUAAAAAAUUAAAAUAUUUAUUUGAUAAACAACCAUUAUGGUUACGCCCAGUAAUUGAAUCAGAAUUACCAACAAAUAUAUCGGCAUGGAAGCGAAAAUUAUUAUAUACACAGGUAUGCUACAAUAUUAGUGAUGGCCCAUGGAGAGCUUGUUUGUGUCGUUUAGGAUAUGAUCCUAGAAAAGACAACUCCUCAAGAAUGUAUCAAACCGUAGAUUUCAGAGAUCCAUAUUUACGUGGACUAAUGAAAGAAAAAAGAGUAGGUAAGAGUAUGAAAAAUGAUGAAGAGGAAUCAGAAGAAACAGUUAUGGAUUGGCAAUUCAAGAUACCUCCAACUAGAGCAUCUCAACUAUACCAAUUAUGUAAUAUUGCAGAUGAUCACAUACAGGAAAUGUUAAAUAAGGCUAUUCCAUUGAAAGAAUGUACUAGAGAAUCUGGAUGGUUCCAAAAAUCUACUAUAGAACAAGUUAGACAAUUGUUAUCAUUGAAAUGUAAGCAAAUGAGACAGGUGUUUAAAGAAUAG